AUGACAAAAGUAAUCGAUUCGGCAAACGAUGCAAUUUUGCAAAAGGAAUUCCUGCCGGAACAGCAAGAAAGCAUCAAUUUUUACUCUGAUGAUUCCACAGACGAAUAUGAGUUUCAUGGUACGGACUCCAUUGUUUUGAAAGCAAAGGCCAAUAACAAGCAAUCUAUCACUGAAUCAGACAACUCAGUUAUUGUAGCAACCUCAACACCACUUGCUGAAGAUGAUGAUUCCUCAUCUGUAGCAUCAUCCAUCGAUUCCACCUCUUAUUUUGAGAAGCCAUUGCGCACAUAUUCAGAAGAUACCAUCCUCACACCACCCAUUAAAUUACCAAGCGACAAGAAAGAAGUGAUUCAAGAGGAAAAAGAGGAACAGGAUGCAACAACAACAUCUUCUCCUAUUGUGGAUCGUCCUCCCUCUCAAUCAGAAUCUCGCCAAUCAAUGUCUACCAUUUCAUCACUAUCUGAUAUGAACGACAUUUCAUUAAAUGAUCAGCAACCAUCUUCAUUACCCAGUGAAGAAGAGAAAGAGGAAUACAAUCCACUGAAAAUCAUCACAUCUGCUCUUGUGAGUGGCGAGAAACCACAAAUUACCGCUGUCCCUGUACCCACCCGCCUUCAAACAUCCGCUCCACCACCUCCUCCGAAAGAUGUCAUCUAUGAAUCAGCGAUAUCUCCAUUGUCUCAAGCGCCAUCACCUCCUUCAUCUCAAAGAGACAGCAUUGACAAUGAGUCCAUUGCCAGUACAUCGACAACCCGUUCUAUAUUCGCCCUUUGGUCACCAUUUCGCUCCUCCUCUUCCGCAAACACAUCGCCUGCAUCGUCCAGAAGGCCAUCCAAACAGAAUACUGUUCCUAUUAUCAAUACCACACCUGCAGCUCCUCGACCCUCAGCAUCAUUUGCAGCUAGACAAACCAGAUUGUCAAGGCCUACCAGCAUUAUCUCACCUUUGCCCGGCUUCCAAGAAGCUUUAUUAGCACAAAUGGAGCAGCUCAACGUCUCCAACACCAACGAUCCUAAAUCCAAAGUUAUCAAGAAUCUCAAAAGACAAUCUAUACGCCAUAGCCUCGUGUCUCAAAACAAAGGCGACGGCUACGAUUGGGACUUUUGGGCCGGCGUCAUGUGCGACUUUCAGAACCUCAACAAGGUCAAUAAAGAUCUAAUUAAACACAUUCGAUUUGGCAUCCCACCUUCUAUUCGUGGUAUGGUUUGGCAAUUACUGGCCAAGUCAAAGAACGAAGAGUUGGUUACAAAAUACAUGGAUUUGCUGAAGCUGCCAAGCCCGUAUGACAAAAUGAUCCAGCGCGAUUUGGCUCGUACAUUUCCAGGACAUACUUACUUUAAAGAGACUGACGGACAGGGCCAAGAGGGUCUCUAUAAUGUUGUUAGAGCUUAUAGCUUAUAUGACAAGGAAGUUGGUUACUGCCAAGGUUUAGCGUUCAUUGUGGGACCGAUGCUAUUAAAUAUGCCGGACGAGGACGCAUUUUGUGUGCUCAUUCAACUGAUGAACAAGUAUGGUCUACGAGGACACUUCACACCCGAUAUGGAUGGACUUCAGUUGCGCUUAUACCAAUUUGAUGCGCUGGUCCAAGAGCAUCUUCCACAUGUAGCUCGUCAUUUAAAGCAACAAGGCAUCAAUUCAACAAUGUAUGCCUCGCAGUGGUUUAUGACGCUCUUUGCUUACAAGUUCCCUCUGAAUCUUGUCUAUCGUAUAUACGAUGUCAUUUUCACCGAAGGCAUUAGUUCCAUCUUCAAGUUUGCCAUUGCGUUGCUAAAGAGAAACCAAACAACCAUCCUCGGCUUUGAUUUUGAACACUUGCUAGACUUUCUAAAGAACGGGUUGUUUGAAGAAUACAAGGAUGAUGACCGUCGCUUUGUCAGUGAUGCUUGCGAAUUGGAGUUCCCAGCAAAGAGAUUGUCGCAACUAGAGAAAGAGCAUAAAGCCCUGAUACAGAAGGAGCUAGCAGAUGCCAGUAUCAUUGAAGAACUACAGAAAUCAAAUCUCGAAAUGAAAAAGCAACUGAAAGCACUCGAAGCAAAGAAGAAGACACUCAAACAAGAACAUAAGGAUGUCGAUAAUCAGUUACAAGAUACCUUGCGAGAGCUCAACACACUCAAAGAUGAAGGCUCUUCGCUGAAAACACUGGUAGCUUCGCUGGACAAAGCUGUUGCUGAACUGCCAGAAAAAAUUGAAUCAAAGACCAAAAACCAGUUCGAAGGGUUAUGCAGUGAAAACGCUUCAUUGAUUGGCCAUAACUCUACGCUGGAAGAUCAGUUACAGAAAGCAGAAUCUGUCCUGAUUGACAUCAAGAUACGCUAUGCACAGAGUGAAAAUGACAAGGAGGAACUACAUAGACGACUUUAUGAAUUAAAGAAGCUAAUGAGCUUUUAA